AUGUCACAUUUUUUCCCUACCACCGAGUACGCCGAGGACCAAACCCUCUCGCGCACGAUCCUCACGACCCAUGUGCUCAGCCGCGGUUUUGAGCUUGGGAGCGCAAUUGGCCUUCUCAGUCGCGGUACCAGAAGCCUAAUCAAACGCCAAUCGCCGACAGCAGCGAGUCUUCUCCGUGCCGCUUCCACCGGAGGCAUUAUAGGAACUUGUUGUGUUGGAGUUGGACUGGUUGGUCGAAUGUGGGGCCGAGAAGAGAUCGAGUGGAAAGACCGCAGCUGGCGCCUACGGAAUAACCAAGGCCAGUUGGCUAUUGACAACUGGAGUGAGCCAGCUGCUGCAUUAGGAGCAGUUGCUGGAGCUUCGGGGUACUUCUCAGGGCCUACAGGAUGGCGUGGGGUUGUCGGCGGUGCGGGCGUUGGAUCUUUAGUAGGAGUCAUUGGGUGCAUGUGUGCUUCUAGAAUUUUCCCGUCGAGGGAUUGA